AGAUGAGGAGCCUCCUGAGCCAUUGGAAUUGGUAAGCUAGCUUGUCCAUCAUUCGCGCUCAGCUCCUCAUUCGAAAUAGAUCUCAACCGUCGAGAUCGAAAGGCUCUUUCAGAGGAUGCUUCGGAGGUUGAAGCGCAAGCUGCGGGAACGCCAGCAGCGCCACCCGCCCAUUGAGUACUUCGCCGACGGGUGUCCGAUCCCCAAAGACCACCCCGACGUGGACGAAAUUAUCCUAUACCCUCAACUCGACUCCGGAUGCCAACCGCCACUGAAGCUUCCGCAUGCCAUCGAUACCAAUAGUGGCGCCUUCGCGUCGAGCGACCGCCCCGUAUUGAGUGGCGGUGACCGCAAAGACCUUGCCAUUCCUAGCUAUGGGCCAAUGCGGGCCUUCCAUUUCGUUGACAACAAGCCACCUGCAAGCGAAACAUCCUUCCACGAUCUCCCUAUUGACCACGCUGCGCUUGGUUACACAACAACUACUUUCAAUCCCUUCAGCGGCCAUAAUCCACAAGGCACCGCUUUCCCUCCGCAGACCAAGGAUGUCGCGAUUCCAAACCAUUACGGGCACCACUUAGUCGGCGGAUCCCACAAGGUGCCACCCUCAGUCAGAUUCAACCCCUUUGCCGACGACGGACCGAUUGUAGACCAGAGGCCGUCGGACAGGGGGUCGUACUCGGAGAAUGCGAAUGGAGGCCGACCCGUUCUUACAGAUCCGUUCAACAACAGCAUCAUCCUCGACCAUACAACGUUCGGGAUGGCUCAGUGGGAACAUAUCCAGCCUGCUCUCCAGCAUCAGUACGCCGCCAUCCCCACCGAGCGCGCAAAUAUCCAGGCUGCUGAACACGACCAAGGCAGGUCAUACCCGAACAAUCAAUACGUGUAUAGUCAAUGUGACACGAUUCGGCGCACCAACACAGGCGACAGCAGCGCCAGCUCUUCUUCCAGAACGUUGGUCAACAACAGUGAUCCAGUCAUUCCCAAGAUAUUCUAUUGGGUGGAUAGAUUCAACAAAGCGCACAUGAUCUAAAUGUUUUGAUUUUGAUACGUAUCCAUCUGAAACAUUAGAGUAAAUACGGGGCAAUUACAAGUUGUG